CGGCUCCUCCUCCCCCGCGCUCCUCUCAGAGCUCCGGCCGCGCGCCCCUCCUUCGUUCGCUCGGUGCCCGCGCAGGCCCCCCGGGCGGCGGCGACUAGGCGCCCAGGCGAAGGCGGCGGCCGGCGGAGGAGCGCAGGAACGGACGGCCAGGCCACCGCGCGGCUACGGAGCGGGCCGCGGCCCGGCGCUCGUCCCCCCCCGCGGCCCGACGCACCCCGGCCGCCGCCAUGAGCGGCUCCUCAGGCACCCCGUAUCUGGGCAGCAAGAUCAGCCUCAUCUCCAAGGCGCAGAUCCGCUACGAGGGCAUUCUCUACACCAUCGACACCGAUAACUCCACCGUGGCGCUUGCCAAAGUGAGGUCCUUUGGCACUGAAGACCGUCCCACAGAUAGGCCUGCGCCCCCCAGAGAGGAGAUUUAUGAGUACAUCAUUUUCCGGGGAAGUGACAUCAAAGAUAUCACUGUGUGUGAACCUCCGAAAGCUCAGCACACACUCCCGCAGGAUCCCGCCAUUGUUCAGUCUUCCCUGGGUUCUGCCUCCGCCUCGCCCUUCCAGCCGCACGUGCCUUACAGCCCUUUCCGAGGGAUGGCGCCCUACGGCCCGCUGGCGGCCAGCUCCCUGCUCAGCCAGCAGUAUGCCGCCUCCCUGGGUCUAGGAGCUGGUUUUCCAUCCAUCCCAGUCGGCAAGAGCCCCAUGGUGGAGCAGGCUGUCCAGACUGGUUCUGCUGACAACCUGAAUGCUAAAAAGCUGUUACCUGGCAAGGGCACCACAGGGACGCAACUCAACGGUCGUCAGGCCCAGCUGAGCAGCAAGACAACCAGUGAUGUAGUCCAGCCAGCAGCUGUGCAAACUCAAGGGCAGGUGAAUGAUGAGAACAGAAGACCUCAGAGGAGGCGUUCAGGAAACAGGCGAACAAGGAAUCGCUCCAGAGGGCAAAACCGUCCAACUAACGUCAAGGAAAACACAAUCAAAUUUGAGGGUGACUUUGAUUUCGAGAGUGCAAAUGCCCAGUUCAACCGAGAGGAGCUUGACAAAGAAUUUAAGAAGAAACUGAAUUUUAAAGAUGACAAGGCUGAGAAGGGGGAUGAGAAGGACCUGGCCGUGGUGACCCAGAGCGCCGAAGCGCCUGCCGAGGAAGACCUUCUGGGGCCCAAUUGCUACUAUGACAAAUCCAAGUCGUUCUUUGACAACAUCUCUUCUGAACUCAAGACCAGCUCCAGGCGGACGACGUGGGCUGAAGAGAGGAAGCUCAACACGGAAACCUUUGGGGUGUCAGGGAGGUUUCUUCGUGGCCGCAGUUCUCGGGGUGGAUUCCGAGGAGGCAGGGGCAAUGGGACCACCCGUCGCAACCCCACUUCCCACAGGGCCGGGACUGGCAGGGUGUGAGGGUGCAGCCAAAGGCUCCUACUGAAGUGGCGCAGAAAUGACGCUGUGUGUCAGGACGCGAGGAAAACGCUGCACUUACAGGGAGAAGUGGUCACUUUGUUUCUGGAGUUUGGAAGAGUCCCAUACUGCUACUUAUGUUUUGGACUUAACUGAACUUGGACAUGGUCUGAGUUAGAACCACUUGUUUUGGGGAAGUAUUCAUGGGUAACCUCUUUGAGGUCUCUUUACCUAUGUUUCAUUUUUAGUUGCGCAUAGCCUAAUUCUAAGGUUUUGGUAUUUUGCAAAGAGGUUUCUAUAGUGAAAGCUGAAUCCUUACUUUGUGAUUUUUUUUUUUUUAAUGACAGCUUUGACUUUUAAAAGUGGAACCAAAUCUCAUUUGGCAAGUGUGGCAGCCAAUUGCAUCUCUGUAACUCAGCUGACCCCUGGUGCUGCUGGCCUGGCACCCCCACCGCCAGGAGUGGGGUCUCAGGAGUCAGGGCCAGCAUAGGGUGGUGUGUGUGUCGGGGGUGGGUGGGUGGAGGGCACGGAAGGGGUUGUCCCAUGGAUCAUGUUGUAUAAGUGAACCAGACCACCCUGAUGGCAUCCACAGUGAUGUCAAGGUUGGGGCUGGCCAGGGGUGGGUGGACUAGAAACAUUUGGGAGUAGUGGCCAGGGGCCCUGGACGCUAGCCAUGGAGCUGCUGCACAGAGCCUGGUGUCCACAAGCUUCCAGGUCGGGGUUGGAGCCUGGGAUGAGCCCCGGCAGCACCUUGGCCCUUCUGUGGUCCCUGCCAGCCUCUGACCUGGGCCGGUCAGUCGUUGCUGGACUCUGGCCACACACUGGUGUUCUCAUCCACUUGGAAACGAGCCAGUCUUCUGCAAGGUCAGUUGACCAAGAGCAUAUUUCCCCUCGGUUGUACAUCCUUGUUUUGUGUUUCUGUUUUAAUGGUGGGUGGAGGGAGGGCGGGGUCUACAUUUGUUGCAUGAGUCAAUGGGUCAGAACUUUAGUAUACGCAUGCGUCCUCUGAGUGACAGGGCAUUUUGUCAAAAAUAAGCACCUUGGUAACUAAACCCCUCUGAUAGCUAUAAAAGCUUUAGUUCUGUAUUGAUUAAGUUACUGUAAAAGCUUGGGUUUAUUUUUGUAGGACUUAAUGGCUAAGAAUUAGAACAUAGCAAGGGGGCUCCUCUGUUGGAGUAAUGUAAAUUGUAAUUAUAAAUAAACAUGCAAACCUUUAAAAUUU